CCUGUUUUGAAAAUGUAGGUUACACGUCUUUUGUAAUCCCACCGUCCUUUCACGAAAAGCUCAACUGACUGUUAUCAAACACACUGAAGCAAUAAAGACCACAAAUUAAGUAAUAUCUGUACUUCUCUUAAAAUCACAAGACCUUUAGUGGAAGGUGUGGAUUUGAGCAGAGACCAUGGCAACAAGCAUCCUACUACUGCUGCUCUUCAUCUUUAAUGGGGCUGAUGGUUCUCACAUUGUUGGAGGAAGAGAUGCUGUCACUCACUCUCGACCAUACAUGACCUCGCUGCAAGUUCGAGGACGCCACAACUGCGGGGGUGCCCUGGUGAGGCAGGACUUUGUGCUCACAGCAGCACAUUGUGAGAUAUCAAGACCAUAUACAGUCGUGCUUGGAGCUGAUUCCCUGACCGCUAAUGAGGCUACAAAGCAGGAGUUCACUGUAGUCAAAUCCAUUCCACAUCCCGACUACGAUGGACAUGGAAAUGAUAUCAUGCUCUUAAAGCUCAACGGUACGGCACAACUGACGGACGCAGUGCAGCUGAUCUCUCUGAAAAGAGGCAGGCUGAGUACAUCCAGUCAGUGCAUCACAGCUGGCUGGGGGGAUGUGGGGGAUAAUGGCACCUUACCCAAGAGGCUUCAGGAAGUCAACGUAACCACCCUGUCACAGCGGGGGUGUAUUAGGAGGUGGAGAAAUGUUCCCAUCACCAGAGAGAUGGUUUGUGGCAUUGGGGCCGGUGCCUUGCAAGGCUUCUGCUCGGGGGAUUCAGGUGGUCCGUUGGUGUGUGGUGGAGCUGCAGCAGGCGUCGUCUCCUUCUCUGGGCGGAGAUGCGGAGACCCCAGGACUCCUGAUGUCUACACACGAAUUUCAAGCUUUAGGGAUUGGAUAGCAAGCGUGUUGACCAACAAUUAGGCAAAUUAGAUAUAAUGGGCAUGUGUCAAUAUGCUUGACUGGGAUGCAAAUCCUAGACAACGCUCUUUAUAAUGAGGUGUCAUGCUGUCUUUGCUUAUAAAAAUGCAGUGCUGUGGCUGUUGAGAUAACAUGAUAAAGGAUGUUUUUGUCACCCCCA